ACUACUGGGCAACGUAAAGCAGACAGGGAAACCAGAACGAAAGAGCAUGAUUCUUCCUCGGGCGAAGGCCUUCUUCGCCAGCCAUCAUUCUCCAUGAUGCUUUUGGUGGAAGGAUCACUGCCACCCAUGUCAUCUUCACACAUGGAUAUUGGCAACCAUGUCAAGCAAAAUAGCUGGAGCGUCCUAUUAAGUUUGGUGCCGGACGCCAUCCCACGACCCACCGCUCUCCCCAUCCUCCCUCCUCCUCCUCCUCCUCCUCCUCCUGCAUAAAAUGCCCCUCCUUCCUCGGCUCCAUGCACCGACGCAGCAGUGAGCAGAGCAUAAGACAGCAUAACACCGCAACCAUGCAACGCUUCGGCUGUGCCGUUACCGCCUUCCUGUUUCUUGCCGGACUGGCCGGGGAAACCUUUGCUCAGUCGGCGACAUCUCCGGCUCCUGCAGGACCGACCAACAUCACGGCCAUUAUGGAGAAGGCAGGGCAGUACGGAACGCUCAUCCGCCUCCUCAAGAGCACCCAAGUCGGCGACCAAAUAAACAACCAGCUCAACAACUCCAACACCGGCCUCACCAUCUUCGCGCCCACCGACAACGCCUUCUCCAGCCUCCCUUCCGGCACGCUCAACUCCCUCACCGACCAGCAGAAGGUCGCGCUGAUCCAGUUCCACAUACUUCCCACCGUCAUCUCCGCCUCCCAGUUCCAAACGGUGAGCAACCCCGUCAGAACGCAGGCCGGCGACGCCAGCAACGGGCGGUACCCAUUGAACGUGACGACCAUGGGAACCCAAGUGAAUCUAUCGACGGGGGUCGUCGACGCCACCAUCGCCAACACCAUAUACUCCGACAGCAAGCUCGCCGUGUACCAGGUCGAUCAGGUGCUCCUUCCCUUGGAGAUCUUUGGACCCCCGGCUCCUGCUGCUGCUCCUGCACCAGCCGAAGCCAAGAAGCAGAAACCAAGUCCUGUCGCCGAAGGCCCUUCCACCCCUUCCACCGACGCUACCGAUGCCUCCGCUGGUGUGAACCUGAGCCGGAGCGCAUCUGGAGGCGGCGUUAUGUUUGCAGCCGCAGCUAUUUGGCUGUGGUGGAGCUUCUGAGUGCUACCACCGCAACUCUUCUUGUGUUCAGCGGUUUAGGCGAGUGUGAAGCACCGCAAUGUUUUGGUGUCCUAUCUUUGCUGUGGGUUUUUGUACCGUCAUUUCAUUCAAAAUCACGAGAUCCAUGAAAUAAGAAACAGAGUGAUAGCAUUUCCCCCUUUGUGCAA